AUGCUCCAACCUCGCCCACUCUUCCACUCCUCCCUACGUACCUCCGCCAUCCUCCCAACCGUCCACCGACAAUCCCUCCUUCGCCACACCAGCACCACCACCGCUCAAUCCCACUCCCGACCCUCCACCGCAUCCCGGUGGACCCGCCGCUUGCUCUAUGCGGGGAUAUUUGGAAGUUUAGGCGUGUACGCCGGGACGCGGUUGACGGGCGAGGGGUGGCUGCCUCUGACGCCGGGGUCCGCCGCCGACCGGCAGGAGCUGCAGCGCCUGGAGCAGAUGUUCGACGUCGGCAUUCCCAUUGUUCAGGAACUGCGAAGGGACCCGGAUUAUGUUGAGACGCAGGCCUACAUGAACUAUGAUGAUGAGACUCGGCCACAUCGGUUGACGUCAGGUCCGAUGGCCGGGAGUCGGGGGCUGGGGUUGCAGAAAAUCUUCUGGAACGAUAAGACCAAAAACCUCAUCUGCGUGGUCUACCUAGGUUGUGGGAUAGAAGGCUGGCCACGAGUCGUCCAUGGUGGCGCGCUGGGCACCGUAAUCGAUGAGAGUCUAGGGCGUGCGGCCAUCCGCCAUUUCCCGGCGCGGACGGGCGUGACAGCCAAUCUAGACAUCCACUAUCGGGCACCUGUCUUCUCGGGGAAUUUCUAUACCUUGCAUAGCACAGUGGACCAGUCCCGAAGCACGGACCGCAAGGCGUUUGCCACCUGUGAGGUGAGAGAUCUGGGCGGGAGGGUGUGUGUUGAGGCGAGCGGGAUCUUUGUGGUGCCCAAGAGGUUACAGUUGGAGCGGAUUGGCGAGGAGUAUUGA